AUGUUCUCAAAUGAAACUUUCAUAGGUCGAAACCAGCGUGGGAGACUUACUGACAGCGAAUCGGAGGAGAGACGGGAACAUGACGGCGGGGCCUGCGUAAGGUCCCGCCACGCUAUGGGCUCUAACAUCAGCCAGCACUCGUCGAAGGGUCUCAAAGGGCGCAGGGCUAGGUCCAGCGGAGACCUUUGCAAUGGCGACUCCAAGAGCCAGACAGAGUCCUCGGUCUGCGGGUCCGUGGUGGGUGACGUCAUGGGCUGGAACCGGUCGCUGCCCAACCACCUCGACGGCAACCGCCAUCUAGCGGACUAUAGCAGAAUCAACAACAACUAUGGAGAACUCGGGACCUACAACAGAUGCCAGAAAGGGGGUCGCGGCCUACGAUACAGAGUCUCAAAGUCCGGAUCAGACGCUGAGCCCGUGUGGAAGCUGCAAGAAGCGCAAUUCGACCAGGGUUAUGGUUCGGAGCGGUCGCCCGAAGAAGAUUGCGGGCCGCCGAUAGCCCCCGCCGUCUCCCUAGACGAGUACGAGGCGGAACUUCGAAGCGUGUACCCAUUCAUCACCGAGGAAAACACCUUUACCGUGGUGGUGGAGAAAGACGGCAGAGGGCUCGGCAUGUCUGUUUGCGGAGGCGGCGGUCUGGUCAGGAUACGGAGGCUGUACCCACCGCAGCCCGCGUGGAGGACUGGUCGUCUCGCACCCAGAGACCUUCUUCUGUCCGCAAACGGGGUCCCGUUAGCUGGACUUAGCACUUACGAGGCGUUGGAAGUUCUGCGGACUGCUGCCAUGCGCGUUGAGCUGCGAGUGUCUCGGCCGCCCAGCGACGCGCUGGAGAGCGUCACUCCGCCGGAGCCCCCCACGCCACCCGCACGCACCCCUCACCCGCCACACCUUCCACCCAUCGACCCGCUCAACUGUCACCCGUUACACGCCAGGCUGUCUCAAACCACCAGCAGUGCUACCACAUCGUCUUCUGAAGGAAGGGGGCGUCGUGAAGCUAGCCCUGAAGUUGACAGACGUGAUUUGCAUCUUCCGGACCUCGACAGACCGUUGCCAGUCUACGAUGUUCAAUACGGGGAAUUCGACAUUGUCAUGACGAAGGUAAACGGAUCCCUCGGAUUCACUUUGCGCAAGGAAGACCACAGUGCCUUGGGCCACUACGUCCGCGCUCUAGUUCGGGAGCCAGCCCUCAGCGAUGGAAGGAUACAGCCUGGCGACAGGAUUGUUGCGGUGAACGACACCCCGAUGUCGAACAUGUCGCACACCGAGGCCGUCGCGUUCCUUCGCGCGUGCGGCUCCGAGGUGCGGCUGCGGCUGUACCGCGACCACGCCGCCACCCCCCUCUCGCCGAUGUCGCCGAAAGACGACGGGCCCACCGACUCCGAUCCGCCUCUCAGCAGGCCGAAACCACCGCUGAGACCAGAAGCAGUGUCGAUGCUGUGCGACCUGGCCGCUCGGCGGCUGACUCCGGACAUCGUAGACGGCCCUCGCUCCCCGUGCCUCUCGCCGCGGAAGUUCCGCAAGCUGACUAAGGACAUUGCCUCAAUCAACCACUACGAACAGCCCACUGAUGCUCCAAGCGACAUAGGCCUAGAGAAACACUGUGCGGUACCGGCCGCCGACCCGACCUGUAAGGACGCUCGGCGAUCGCAACGCCAGCACACAGUUACCCCCGCCAGCCCCACGGCCCCGCCCACAUGUAGAAAACAAAAGUUGAGCCUGACAGUGCCGCCGCACGGCUACGAGCUGAACAACCUGGACAACGAGGCGCUGGACGCGCCACACGUCUACCAGGAGAGCAGACAUGAGGGCAGACAGAGGUGCGAGGAGCCGGAGUUCCCCGUACCCCACGAGCCGUUGUCUAUGCCCGCCGAGCUAUCGAGCGACGACGCCCGCUUCAAGCACUCCAAUCCAGCAUACCAAAGCGCCGUCCUCCACACGUCCAGCAGCGAAGCGACCUCCGACGGCCACAAAGACGACGGCAGCGGCUUGAAAAAAUGGAAGGGUGUGGCGCUUUCUCCGGAGAACGUGCGCAAAGCUCUCCCCGAGGGGCCAAAUCCGAGAGAAGCCGAUCCAGCUCAGAAGGAGAACGUCAAGCCGGAACCGACACCAGAGAGCAUUGCUGAUGAAGAAGUCAGUGAUGAACCAACGAUAGUGACGGUGGAACUGAACCGGGGAUGGAACAGCCGGCUGGGCUUCAGCGUGCAGAGCCACCCGGAGUCCGGCCAGAGCUACAUAUCGGCCGUGUACAGCGACAGCGUGGCGGCUCGCGACGGCCGGUUGAGACGCGGCGACGUCAUUCUACAGGUUAACGACGAGAACGUUACAUCAAUGAAAACACCAGAAGUGAUAGACUUACUGCGAAUACUGCGAGGCUCGAUUUGCAUAACUGUACUGCGGCCACCUAACUCGCAG